AAUUGGUCAGCAUUUGGAUUUCGGGCGAGCAACUGUUGUGAUCAAAUAUUAAAGAUAAUUGAAAAUCAUUUAAGUUUGGUGUUAAUAACAUCGUCUAAUAAUUAGCUAUAAUAUACUAUAUAUAUACGUACAUAUAUAUGUAUAUACUGUUAUAUGCUGAAGGAUAACUAUAGAUUUGUAUAAAAACACAAAAACAAAAAUAAAUAAAUAAAAAUUAGUCUUCUUCGUACGGCAGCUUGCGAACGAAGCAUGAGAAUGAAGUUUAUUGUCUUGCUGUUUGCAUUGCUGGCUUCCAGUAGUGUGCAUGCUGAUGUUUCGCAUUUGGCUAGCGACUUGCAGGAGGAUGGAUACCACUAUAAGCAGCCUUCUGUGCCGUUCCCACCAUCACCUUCGGGCAAUGAAAUAGAUGACACAGGAUACCAGCCGCAGCCGCAGCCGCAGCCACAACCACAGCCACAGCCGCAACCACGACCGCAGCCAUCUUAUCCCGCCCCCCGGCCACAACCACAACCGCGGCCACAGCCUCAACCACAACCACAGCCACAGCCGCAGCCAUCUUAUCCAGCACCACGCCCACAACCUCAGCCACAGCCUCAACCACAACCAUCCUAUCCAGCUCCACGCCCACAGCCACAACCUUCAUAUCCAUCGCCUCAGCCCCAACCGCAGCCGGGACCUUCGUACCCAGCUCCCCGUCCACAACCACAACCUACACAGCCGGCUCCGCGUCCACAACCUAGACCUCAGCCCAGCCGUCCUGCGCCAGCACCGCAACCCGGUCCUGAAUAUCUUCCUCCAGAACAACCUCAACAACCAAGACCGGCACCUCGCCCUCAGCCACAGCCACGUCCACAGCCUCAACCGCAGCCACAGCCUUCAUAUCCUGCGCCACGGCCUCAACCACAACCACGACCACAACCACAACCUCAACCACAGCCACAGCCUUCAUAUCCUGCCCCACGUCCUCAACCACAACCACGACCACAACCGCAGCCAACUCAACCCGGACCUGAGUAUAUACCACCAACAAGUGGACCAACAUUCCAACCUCGACCACAACAACCUUCACCCGGUUCAACAUACCAACCCCGACCACAACGACCUACAGCCGGUUCAACAUACCAACCACGACCACAACAACCUACACCCGGUUCAACAUACCAACCACGACCACAACAACCUACACCCGGUUCAACAUACCAACCACGACCACAACAACCUUCACCCGGUUCAACAUACCAACCACGACCACAACAACCUUCACCCGGUUCAACAUACCAACCACGACCACAACAACCUACUCCCGGGCCAACAGUAGUAAUCCAACCCCGACCACAACCGCAACCAUCGACACCUGGUAAACCUGGUCUAGAAUAUUUACCGCCCUCAGGUGAAAAUGAAAUAGGCCCCGCGCAGCCACUUCCCCGCCCUAAACCACAACCACGACCACAGCCGCAACCCCGACCUCAGCCAUCAUAUCCUGGCCAACAGCCUACUCAACCGGCUCCACGGCCUAGUUACCCAGCGCCGCAGCCGACACAACAAGUGCCUCAAUCCACGUAUCCAGCACAACCAACUCAGCCAGCGCCACAGCCAGAACCAACCUACCCAGGGGGUCCCGUUGAUACAGAAGGUCCAGGUGGCCCAGGAGGUCCAGGUGGUCCUGGAGGGCCCGGCGGUCCAGGCGGUCCAAGUGGUCCAGGCGGUCCAAGUGGUCCUGGCGGCCCAAGUGGCCUAUAUGGUCCAGGCGGUCCAAGUGGUCCAGGAGGUCCUGGCGGCCCAAGUGGCCCAUAUGGUCCAGGGGGUCCAAGUGGUCCAGGCGGUCCUGGCGGUCCUGGAGGUCCCGGCGGUCCAAGCGGACCAGGAGGUCCCAGCGGCCCAAGUGGCCCAUAUGGUCCAGGAGGUCCAAGUGGUCCAGGUGGCCCUAGUGGUCCAGGCGGCCCAAGCGGUCCAGGCGGUCCUGGUGGUCCCGGCGGUCCAAGUGGUCCAAGUGGCGCGUAUAGUCCAGCAGGUCCCGGUGGUCCAGGUGGUCCCGGAGGCCCCGGUGGUCCAAGUAGACCAUAUGGUCCAGGAGGUCCAGGCGGUCCAGGCGGUCCAAGUGGUCCAGGUGGUUCAAGUGGUCCAGGUGGUCCAAGUGGUCCAGGCGGUCCAAGUGGUCCAGGAGGUCCCGGUGGUCCAGGCGGCCCAUAUGGCCCAGAAGGUACAGGUGGUCCCGCCGGUCCAGGCGGUCCAAGUGGUCCUGGUGGCCCAGGCGGUCCAGGUGGCCCUGGUGGCCCUGGCGGGCCGGGCGGUCCUGAACAAGAAGCUGGAUCUCUUGGACCUGAUGGUUAUAACUACAACAAACCAUCUAGGCCUUUCUCCUACUAAAUUAUUGAACUAAGCACA